ACUAGUCCCACCUGACCAAGACCUGACCCCGCGCCGCGCCGCCACAGAGCAGAGCAGGAGCAGCAAAGCCCCACCACCCGCGCCCGCUGCAGCGGCGACGUCGCCGCCAAGCAAAAGCAACCCGGAGGCGCGCGAGCCCCACGCCGCUCGCCCUCCUCCUCGUCGAUUCUCUCUCUUCUCGGCUGCAUAUCCCCAACAGCACAGCACAGCACAGCACAGGCAUCCAACCAACCAAUAGCCCCCGCGCGCGCGGAAGCGACUUCGUCUCGCGCCGCAUGGACCGCAUCGUCGGCGGCAAGUUCAGGCUCGGACGGAAGAUCGGCUGCGGCUCCUUCGGCGAGAUCUACCUCGCCACGCACAUCGACACCUACGAGAUCGUCGCCGUCAAGAUUGAGAGCAGCAAGACGAAGCACCCCCAGUUGUUUUACGAGGCAAAGCUCUACAGCACUCUCCAAGGAGGAAGUGGCAUUGCAAAUGUUAAGUGGUGUGGUGUAGAUGGGGAAGAAAAUGUUCUCGUCAUUGACCUGCUGGGACCAAGUUUGGAGGACCUGUUUGUCUAUUGCGGCAGGAAAUUCACACUCAAGACUGUCCUAAUGCUGGCUGAUCAGAUGAUUACAAGAAUUGAGUUUAUGCAUUCCAAAGGGUACUUACACAGAGACAUAAAACCUGACAACUUUCUGAUGGGUCUUGGUCGGAAAGCAAAUCAGGUAUACAUAAUUGAUUUUGGGCUUGCCAAAAGAUACCGUGAUUCUACGACGAACCGUCAUAUUCCUUACAGAGAAAAUAAGAACUUGACUGGCACAGCACGCUAUGCAAGUUGCAACACCCACCUUGGAAUUGAACAAAGCCGCAGGGAUGAUUUGGAAUCUCUUGGCUAUGUCCUUUUGUAUUUUCUCCGAGGAAGCCUUCCUUGGCAGGGACUAAAAGCUGCAACAAAGACACAGAAGUAUGACAAGAUUUGUGAGAAAAAGAUAUCAACUCCUAUCGAGGUCUUGUGCAAAUCCUGUCCGGUCGAAUUUGCAUCUUACUUCCAUUACUGCCAUUCAUUGACAUUUGAUCAGCGACCGGACUAUGCAUUUGUGAAGCGACUUUUUCGUGACUUGUUUACCCGCCAAGCAGGUUAUGAAUUUGAUUAUGUCUUUGACUGGACAGUUUUGAAAUACAAACAAGGCCAAAAACAAAAGCGAAGUCCUGGGGCGCCAGCUCGACCAAUUCAAGAUGUACAGAAACAAGCUGGUGUAAAUGGUGUUUUUCGUAGUGAAGCCCGGGAGCAUGUAGAGACAAGCCAUCCAACAUGGCAAGCUGCAGAGUCUCAAGGCAAACAGGCAACCGAUAAAGAUCGGAAUUCCAGCAUGCAGCAUACUGUGAACCUUAGACAAGAUGUGGAUGAUGGAAAAGUGCAGCUGAUGUCAGUCCCACUUCCUAGUUCCCUGUGGAAAAAUGAUGGUGAUUCAAGACAAAAAGGACAAUUUGAUGCCGUUUACCACAAUCAGGGUUUUGUAAACAUAACUAGCUCAUCUAACAGCUGGCUUCCUACAUCCCAGCACAAUGCCCCUGCAAAGUGACAGUUAAAUCUAUCAUAUCUGGUGGAGCAAAGAGGAAAUGCAAAGAGUUAGAGGAGGCCCCUGUUCCUUCGAGGUGGUUCAGAGUCAAGUAUCACACAGUCAAUGUAGACUUGAUGUUUAAUGUGUGUUAGUGAGGUGACCACUGAUGCAUGCCUGCUAAUUAUGGAAGGUACUGCAGAGGCUCAACUGAACAGAGGAUAGUAUGCCGUUCUUAAGUUGAAUCUGUCUACAUUGGGGCCUCCGCAUCUUUAGCAGAAUGAUGCUUUCACGCCGUGGGAAUCAGCUAUAUAUCUUCUGAUGUGUGAUGUCAUCAGUUUGAUGUGGAAUCGUUCAAGUGGCCAAAUUUUUUCAAAAAAAAAAGGUAUGAAGGGAGGUGUGCUGCAGUUUCUUAUCAGUCUUGCUCUGGCAGUGUUUCUGACACUGCCCUUCUAGUGAAGGCUUUGGAUAACAUGACUUUUGUUAAAACGUCUAGUUUGAUGGAAUAUAUUUUUAUCAGAACCAAUAACUGAUGUUUGAUCUUUGGAGGGACUUCCUGUCAUUUUGUUUGUCCUUCUCUUUCGAGGUCAAAGCUUUGGUGAUCCUUUCCUACUCCAUGGUCCAACAAACUCCACAUUUGCACCAAGUUUGCUUGCAGAAAACUUGACUGUUGAUAAUGAAUUUUCUGGUUCUACAGGUUUCCAUGUCACCGUUGUACUGGCCAAGUCCAGCCAUGAGAGUUGUCAUGACAAUGUUACGUGCCUGGUUGUCUUGGUUGUAGUUUUGUAUCAUCUAUCCCGACAACCAAAGUAUGGAGUAAAGUUCCCUCUAGUGCUAUGUAACAUAUUCCAUGUCCAGUAGUUUUAUUGUUAUGAUGUGUGUUCCAUAUAAUUUUCAGUGUAUAUUUGUGAUUGGUAGUGAUUGCAAAGUUGAAAACGAACUCAUGCAUUGUAAGCAAGAUAAAUUUAAGAACACACAUCUGGGGACUUCAGUUCCAUUGUAAUUUAUCAAGUGCUUUUCUUGAAUGCCUUGCAGCCAGUGCUAUGUGCUGCAUCAAAGGAUGUUGAAUUGUCGAUUGCUUA